AUGAAGAGGAAAAACAUAGCUAGGAAUCUAUACUUCUGCAAAACAGGUAAUUCCAACCUUUCUCAAACAGCCAUGCUCCAUGGAAAGAUGAUGAAUGGUACAUGCACUACUUCUAUUUGCCACAGAAAUCCUGAGCUGGAGCGGUACUGUUAUUUGCUGAUUCUGGUUUGUGUUUUCACUUUGAUAGUGGGGUUUCUAGGCAAUAUACUUGCACUACAACAUUACCUGUACUGCAUGAAGACAUGGACUACCAAUACAAUAUGUCUAUUUAAUUUGGCCCUAUGUGACUUUACUUGGACACUCAUGGCACCUUUUUCAGUAUUUUAUGGUCUCCAGAACUUAUCCGACUAUUCCAGUCAAGCAUUUUAUCAGAUCAUAAAACUAUUUUUUAGUAUUAAUAUCUAUGGAAGUGUCUAUUUCCUGACACUCACCAGUUUUGACAGAUACGUAGGUGCUGUCCACCCUAUCACUUCAUUAACAUGGUGGAACAAAGAAAAAGCCAUAUUGGUACUAUGGAUCUUCAUAGUGAUUGCAUCAAUGCCAGAAAUUUACUACACAGUUACAGCUGGUAGACAACGUGACACUGUAGAUUUCCUGGAUGGCACUGUAGUACCUUUACAAUUUGCAGUGCCAUUCACACUCUCCAAAUUUGCAUUGAGGUUCCUAAUUCCAGUCAUAGUCAUCUCUACAUGCUAUAUGUUAACUCUCAAAGCAUUACUAGAACUCAGUAAACAUCAGCAAAGAAGGAACAGACUUGGUAGACUUCUGUUAUUGAUUUCAGGUGCUAUGAUUGUAUUUGCUGUUUCUUUCAUACCUUAUCAUGUUAUGAUGAUGGUGAUACCAAUUUACAGAACUACAUGCCAACCACCUUGUGGAAACAUAAGUACAUUAAGUGCCAUUUAUAAAGUCACAAGUAUCUUCUGCAGCAUCAACAUUUGCCUUGACCCAAUUAUUUUUACAGUAGCAAAUAAGACACGCUAUCAAAGAAUUAAAGCCAUAAAAUGUCACCCCAAAUGCCAGAGCCGCUGUUGUCUGACAGGAAGUGUAAAGGACAUCACUCUGUCACCAAGAAUUAUGACUUGA